UGAUACUUAAGUUAUAGAUUUUAGUUAAAGGUGCAGCAAGAAUAGGUGCACAAUCACGGAUUAAGUGUGCAACAAUAAUAUCAUCAUCUGGCCUAGCUGCUGCAUUGGGGGUAGAAUACACAAACUGGAAAAAAUUAGCGAAGGCAUUUGCUAUAUCAACAGGUUUAUUGAAAACACAAUCAUGUGUGUGCCUUUUACUUUUGAUGAAGGACCAAAACUGAUUUGGAUCUUUUUUUAUGCAAUUUUCAGUCUGCUCUAUGUACUUUUUAUACGCAUGACUAACGUCUCUUAUAAUUCUUUAAAUGCAUCAUAGACACUCACUU